AUGGGUCGUUUCUCUGAUAAAGUUAUAAUUGUUACCGGAAUUUUUGCCGCUAAGCAACAAAGUUUAGGUUCCAGCAACGGAAUCGGAAGAGCUGCAGCAGUCCUUUUUGCAAAAGAAGGAGCUAAACUGACGAUUACAGGACGAGAUGAGAAGGCACUUGAGGUAACAAAAUCUGAAUGCUUAAAGGCAGGGGCAAAAGAUGCCUAUUUGUUGUCAAUAAUUGGAGAUAUUACAAAUGAGGAAAUUCGGAGCAAGCUUAUUGAUGAAACAGUGAAAAAAUUUGGCAAAUUGAAUGUCUUGGUAAAUAAUCAUGGAGGUGCUUUCCAUGAGCGAGACAAGACAGGAAAAUUUCUGCUUGACAUUUUUGAUAAAACUAUUGAUCUUAACUGCAGAAGUUCGCUUGCGAUGAGUGAAAAAGCAAUGUCGCACCUCAAAGCUACGAAGGGCUGUAUUGUAAAUGUAAGCAGCAUAGCUUCUAAAAUGGAGGGUACCCCAGCCAUAUUCUACGCAACGGCAAAAAGUGCUUUGGAUCAUAUCACUAGGAAUUUAGCUUUAGAGAAUGCCAAAAAUGGAGUUCGCAUAAAUGCUAUAAACCCGGGAUUAAUCGAAACGCAGUUCCUAAAAAAGAUGGGUUAUACAGACGAAGCUGUAGAUAAAACCCUGAAAGUUUUCACUGAAGAAUCAAUUCCAAUUGGACGGUACGGAGUUCCGGAUGAUGUAGCUCACAUGAUAUUAUUUUUGUCAGAUAAUGUAACAGCCGGGUUUAUUACGGGGCAAACGUUUGUUGUUGAUGGAGGAACGACGUUGACGAAUGCUUGGUACAAAAAUCCGCGUAUGGCAGAAAUUAUGAAACAUUAG